AUGCUUGGAGUUGUUAAAGUCUUCUUUGGUCGACACAAGGAAAAUGGUGCUUUCUAUGCCAUAAAAGUCCUACAAAAGAAAGCAAUCAUCAAACACAGCGAGGUUGAACGCAUAUUAGCCAAGAGAAGCGUCGCGAUCCACCCAUUUCUAGUGAAGCUACAUUACUCCUUUCAGACAAAGAAAAAGCUGUAUUUUUUGUUGGACUAUGUGAAUGGUGGAAAGCUGUCCUCUUAUCUGCGAAGACAGAAAAAUAAUGUGUUUGAUGAGCACAGUGCAAGAUUCUAUGCUGCUGAGAUCACCUCUGCCCUCGAGUACCUACACGGUCUCAGUAUUAUCUAUUGGGAUCUCAAUCUUGAAAACAUCCUACUGGAUGCUAACGGUCACAUCAUACUAACAGACCUUGGACUCCGCAAAGAAGAGGUCACAUUUCGAGAGACAGUAACAACUUCUGGCAUCCCCAAAUGCCCAGCCCCUGAGGUGCUCAGAAAUGAAGAAUACGAUUUCAGCGUCGACUGGUGGUGUCUAGGCGUGGUAACCUAUGAAAUGAUGUGUGGGCAGGCACCAGUAAAUUUUUAUUCUGAAGAUGGUUCUCAAAAGCACAAGAAUAUUAUUCAGAUGCCACUACAUAUAAAUUCCCGUGCACAAGACCUGCUCGAAAAAUUGCUACAAGACAAAAAUAAUCGAUUAGGUGAUGCUAAAGACAUUAAGGCUCACAUGUUUUUCAAUUCCAUCAACUGGGAUUACCUGUUUGAUAAGCGAUUGAAGCCUCCGUUCAACCCUCCUCCGGUAAAGGAUACCCUCAAACUUGGAGAUUUUGGGUCUGAGCUUACUGCCGUGGCUAUUUCUGGCGCACAGGGUGUGCCAUGUGUGAGCAUUGCUGACGACACUUUUAAUGUAAUGAACUAGUUACCAAAGUAUGUGUGUGUUCUUAACGACUGUGUAUCAUCAGUCUGUGAAG